UUCCACGUUUUGUUUUUAUUUUAGAUGUUCCUUUCAACGUAAUCAUACAGCCUCCUUCAAGUCCUGCAAAACCAAUUUCAAGUCCGCGUCAUAGGUGUCGCUGUUGACCACGUCUGCCUCCGCAGAGAGAGCGCGUCCAGCCAGAGGAGGCUGCGUCUCAAGGCCAUUUUCAAAUCUCAUUGGUGGGUUUGUCAUGUGGUCCGCAGGCAUCCUGACUUACAGAUUGUUUUUCCUAGACAUGUCAGCUUACAAAAAGACAUCUCUCUUCUCUUAAGAACUGAAACCUAACAAAAAAAAAAAUAAAAAAAUAGCGAUGUCUUUCCCCAGCAGUUCACCUGCGACCAACCCGUUCUUAGUGGACUCUUUGAUCGGCGCCUGCAGGACAGACAGCUUCUACUCCAACAGCAGCAUGUACAUGCCGUCCGGCUCGGACAUGCACGGGACCUACGGAAUGCAAACCUGUGGACUCCUGCCGUCUUUCGGCAAAAGGGGGGAGGUUGGACCCCAAAACACGGCCAUGAGCGUCCACUCGUACAUACCCCAGAUGGACACCUGGACUGAUCCGAGCAGAACCUGCAGAACAGAGCAGAUGUCAAACUGCACGUUUCCACAGAGCAUCAAGGAAGAGAGCAACUGCUGCAUGUACUCAGAUAAGAGAGUCCAAAAAGAGGGAUAUUCGAACGUCAUUGGAGAACCCUGCCCCGUGGAGGGUCCGGAGAUCCCGGUUCCGGGCUACUUCAGAUUGAGUCAAACUUACGCUAACGGGAAGCACCCGGAAAACUACUGCCCGGAGCCGCCGAGCCCGAACCCGACACUCGCGCAGCUCAGCCGGGUCACUCCAAAACCGCAGCACGCCACCUCCUCCUCCUCUUCCUCUGGCUUUGCAGAGGCGGAAAAGAACGUCCGGGAUCCAGAAACGAUAACCAGCACACCGAACCGAGGGGAGAGUCCGGACCCAGUAAAGUCCGGCUCUGAAGAGAAAACCGAAGCGUCCAGCCCCGAGCUGCAGAAGGAAGGGAAAGACUGCAAGAGUGACGCGCUGACGAACAACUGGCUCACGGCGAAGAGCGGCAGGAAGAAGAGGUGCCCCUACACUAAGCACCAGACCUUGGAGUUGGAGAAGGAGUUCCUAUUCAACAUGUACCUGACCCGGGAGCGCCGCCUAGAGAUCAGCAGGAGCGUCAACCUGACCGACAGGCAGGUCAAGAUCUGGUUCCAGAACCGCAGGAUGAAAUUGAAGAAAAUGAACCGGGAAAACCGCAUCCGGGAACUGACCUCGAAUCUCACCUUUUCCUGAGCCUCCACGCGCUUCUGGUUAUAGCUCUUUUUAAAUUUUUUUUUGGUGUGCUUUUCGUGGCAUUUGGACGUUUAUCUUAACUUUCAACAAAGCUGUGACUGUCUCCUGUGUUGCGUGGCGUCGUGUGUUUCUGUUAUUUCAUCACAGGGUAGAGCACUUUUUGGUCUUAAAGCAUUACGUGACGAGCAAGCACUCCUUCCUUCCUUUUUUUUUUUUUUUUUUACCAAAAAAGACUUCCUGACAUAAAGUGGGGAUGAAGAAGCUGUGGAGUCACGGAAGCACAUUUUGUCGUGUUUUUGUGAAACAUUUCUUUUGCUCUUUUCGUGCAAGCCUCCCUUCUUUUGCUUGAUGCAAACACGUUUCCUUGACGGAAAACAAUGAUAAACUGUGGAUUUAUUGCAUGUUUUGGUGCAUGUGUAUCUUGCAAUAAAUAUGUGGUCAAAGAA